UUUAAUGACAUUACAGGUUAAGCUCGUGCCGCGGUCGUUGUGAGUGAGUGCGCGCGCACGCUUCUGCUGCUGCUGCUGCCGCCGCCGCCGCAGCAGCCUGUGUGCGCGCUUGCGCGCGCGCCUGUUUGAUGAUCAGUCUGUCACACAUCCGGUUUUCUCCAUCAUGCACGCGGACGCUCGGUGUGUGUCAGAGAGGCCGCCGUGUGUGUCGCAGGAGCCCGAACAGAAGAUGAGUGGAAUCCCACUCUCGCGCUCUGAGAUUUUUGGACAGCUCAGGAAAGAACUGCACGAUGAUGAGGAGUUCCACCAGUCAGAUGCUCACAUCUUCAUCAUCAUGGGUGCAUCGGGGGAUUUAGCCAAAAAGAAAAUCUACCCCACAUUAUGGUGGCUGUUCAGAGAUGGACUUCUUCCGGAACAGACUCACUUUGUGGGCUUUGCCCGCUCUGAUCUGACAGUGGAGAGCAUCCGCGCUGCCUGCCUGCCUUACAUGAAGGUUGCAGAUGCUGAGAACGAGCGUCUGGCUGCUUUUUUUCGCCAGAACUCAUACCUGAGUGGGAAGUAUGCUGACGAGGGUUCCUUCACCCGACUAAAUGCCCACCUGCUCUCAUUGCCUGGUGCUGCUGAAGCCAACCGCCUCUUCUACUUGGCCCUGCCACCCAGCGUCUACCAAGACGUCACCAGCAACAUCCGGAAGCACUCCAUGAGCGAGAAAGGCUGGACAAGAGUAAUUGUGGAGAAACCAUUUGGUCGUGACCUUGAAACCUCAGAGCAGCUGUCUGCCCACCUGUCCUCCCUGUUCACAGAAGACCAGAUCUAUCGCAUUGAUCACUACCUGGGCAAGGAAAUGGUACAGAAUCUAAUGGUGCUUAGGUUUGGGAACAGGAUCUUUGGUCCCAUCUGGAAUAGGGACAGUGUUGCCUGUGUGGUCCUCACCUUCAAGGAGCCCUUUGGCACCCAGGGCCGUGGUGGAUACUUCAACGAUUUUGGCAUAAUUCGCGACGUGAUGCAGAACCACCUGCUGCAGAUGUUGUCCUUGGUUGCCAUGGAGAAGCCAACUUCCACCAGCUCCGAUGACGUGAGAGAUGAGAAGGUGAAGGUGCUGAAGUGCAUUGCCCCAGUGUCUAUGGCUGAUGUGAUCCUGGGACAAUAUGUGGGUAAUCCUACAGGUGAGGGGGAUGCUAAGCUGGGCUACUUGGACGACCCUACAGUCCCAAAAGGCUCUCAUACCCCCACCUUUGCCACGGCUGUCUUGUACGUCCACAAUGAGCGAUGGGAUGGUGUGCCCUUCAUCCUGCGCUGUGGCAAGGCCCUGAACGAGCGCAAGGCCGAAGUCCGGCUGCAGUUCACCGAUGUGCCAGGCGACAUCUUUGAGGGCCAGUGCCAACGGAACGAGCUGGUAGUUCGCGUGCAGCCAAACGAGGCUGUCUACGCCAAAAUGAUGAGCAAGAAACCAGGCAUGUUCUUCAACCCAGAGGAGACAGAGCUGGACCUCACUUAUGGCAGCCGGUAUAGGGAUGUGAAGCUGCCAGACGCCUAUGAACGCCUCAUUCUGGAUGUCUUUUGCGGGAGUCAAAUGCACUUUGUGCGCAGCGAUGAGUUACGAGAAGCUUGGAGGAUCUUUACGCCUCUUCUUCAUCAAAUAGAGAGAGAGAAGAUUCCACCUAUUCCAUACACUUAUGGAAGCCGAGGUCCACCUGAGGCAGAUGAGCUGAUGAAGCGAGUGGGAUUCCGCUAUGAAGGAACAUACAAGUGGGUCAACCCCCAUCGACUUUGAGAGGAGGGAAAGGCACUUGGUCAGGGAGAGUUUGUGAUAUUCUUGUGCUGCUAGACAAGGGGUGGGGAGGGGGUUUUGGGUUAUGAGCGCUUUUUCCUAGGAGCAAUAAUCUUGUAUGGAAGAGAGGAAAUGAAGAGUCAUCCUCAUGUUGGCUUUACGGUGAGGAGUACGUAGAUGGAGGUAAACGAUAUGCUAAUUCCCUGAAUAAUUUGAAGCUGAAACCGCACAAAAGAACAGAGAGGAAGAGUAGAGACAGAUGGGAGAUAUGGAGAUGCACGUUCAUCCAGCUGCUCUGCAUAUCUAUAAACCUGUCUGCCUGCAUUCCUAUACUUUUGUUACUCCACUUGACUCCUUGUUCUUAAAUUUAGUAGUGAAUGAAGAAUCACUGAUUUUUCUAUAAUACUAGUUGCAGUGAUGGAAAGAGUCAGCUGAUGGUUAUGACCAAUUCAUUUGUACUAGAGUGUAUAGGUUUGAUUGUUCAGUGGUUGGUUUUAAUUUUGUAACACAUUUGCUUGGUAUCUCAAACCAUAUUAGCCCUGACAUGAACUGUAGCAGAUGUGAGAUACUGUUGAGGUUUCUUCCCAACAUUUCUAGUUUACUAAUGCUUACACACUACUUAAUAUUUGUUGCAUUCCUUUUCAUCUCUUCAGUUGCAUCUUUGUUACCACUUUCCUCAAGUGUACGCUGCAAAAAAUACUUCAGUCAUUACCAUAGUAUGCUGUACUGUCAGUAUAACUAGUGUGUAUUUCAUGGUGGUAAAAGCUUGUGGCAGGAUGGUAAACGGUUCCAAACCGUGGCUGAAGGUAUACUUCACAACCUGCUUCCUAAAAAUUAAUUUUGUAACACUCCCACAUUAUAUUAUGACAUGCAGAAGGUCAUACUUCAAGUUUAGUAUUGAAUUUUACUUGCACUGCACAUUUACGUAUGUUUACCUGAUACCAUAAUUCUCUGCAUUAUUAUCUCUGUUUAGAUACAUUUGCACAGUGACUUGUAGUUUUCAUUAACAGAGUGAAGGAUUUUAAAUAGGGUUUAAGUUUACAAUUUAGUCUGGUGGAAGAAGAAAUUAUUCUUAAGUUAUUGUAGAGGUGGAGGAAGCCCAAAGGUAGGAUGGAUAUACAGUUUAUUGUCCCGUGACUGGAGGUAGGGUAACAAUUUUAGAAUGACCAGCCAGCCCCCUGUAUCACUAUUCUUUUUAACCCUCUCAGUGCCCAACUACUACUAGCAGCAGGGAAAAUUUGUACCAGUUGAUACUAAUGUGCAACAUCUGCCUGGAGAGGGUUAAAAUACAUUUUCCAUAGUUUCCAAAUACAAAUACAUACACAUUGGC